AUGGUGUCAUCCCAACGUCCUGAGACCCGGUUACCGGCAGCGUUGACCCAGCCGACCAAACUUGUUGGAAUGUACGAGGAGUUUGUGACGAAGAACUCCAGCUCGGUGAGCCAGGUUGAGUCGGCACUGCGAUCAUUGACGUAUAUCAUUCCAGUCCAUUCUGGGGUGCAACUCCUAUCCUUAUACCAUGACUCCCUUGUUGCCCGAGUUAUAUCUCGCCUCCCACUCACUAUACCCCGUCCUCCUCCUACCCCUCACGCACGGUAUACUAAGUAUUGGAUCUCAAGUUCAUCCCUCUAUCACCGAGUCGCUUUAGCGCUACAAAUGAUUAAAUAUACAGAACUUCUUUGGGAAAUGGUUGCCCGGCGCCGAGGCGAAAAGAUUCGGUGGCGCGUGGUGGUCCUUAUCGAAGGACUCAAGGCCCUAUGUCGCCUGAUCCUACUCCGAUUGACGAAUUCCAGGCCGCUGGUCAACCCGCCUUUACCGGAGCGAGAAGUUGAUCCGCGACCAGCAGAAGACGAAGAUGAAGCGGGCGAUUGGAAUGGGAUGGAGACGCCAAAGAGUGAAAAAUCUGAUUCGGACGCCAGCUGGACGAUGCCGAGAACGGGUUUCUCAAUGCCUAGUUUGCCAGAUGCUAGCGAUGUAUCGAAUUAUCUCAUUUCCAAGGUCCUUACAGCAGACGACGUUAAGCCUCCCAAAACGUUGUUGCAUCGCGUUAAUGGGAUGGGCCAGCUUGCCGAAGUUAUGUUUAUCCUCCGCCCCUUGAUUUACGCCUUGGCGCUGCAAAAGUGGAGUGGAAAGAAGAAGAGCUGGACUCCUUGGUUAAUUGGGUUCGGAAUGGAAUAUGGCUGUCGACAGCUAGCAAAGAAAGAUUUUCGCACUCGGGUAGCAGGUGGUUUACGCGGCUUAACCGGCCUAGAAAGGGAGGAGCUCAAGAAAAGAGGGUGGAGUAUGGGUUGGUGGACUAUGAGGGGAGCUUUUUAUGAGAAUGUCACCAAGUCCUGGCUUCAAGGCAUGACACGGCGGUUGAAGGGCAAACCUUUGCUUGACUUGGUGGGUGGCGUCAUUGACGAUUACGAGUAUCUUUGGGAUAAUUACUAUUUCUCCACUGCUACGCUUUGA